ACCUCUUUCUUCUUUUUUCUCUCUCUAGAUUCCCCAAUCCGAACUUGAUCAACACUUCAACAAAAGCAAAAAUCGAUCAAAUUUUCCCUUUCUGCUUCGAUUCGAAUCUUCACCAACAUUUCCUGAAAGAGGAAAGAAUGUCAGUGACUCCUGAUCUGUGCCGGAAAGUCGGAAUGGGGAUCGCUCCGUCGCCGUCUCCAUUCCUCACGCCUCGCCCCGAAAGGCACCGCCACACCGGGAACUGGUCCUCAACUCGUCCGGACAGGGAUAAAGAGGUUAAUAUCCAAGUUCUCCUCCGAUGCAGGCCAUUGAGUGAAGAGGAGCAAAGAUCCAAUGUGCAGAAGGUGAUCUCUUGCAAUGAACAUAAAAGAGAGGUCACUGUGUUGCAGAGUGUAGCUAACAAGCAAAUAGAUAGAGUUUUCACUUUUGACAAGGUUUUUGGGCCAAAAUCACAACAAAGGUCUAUAUAUGACCAAGCUAUUUCGCCAAUUGUGAAUGAAGUUCUUGAGGGUUUCAACUGUACCGUCUUUGCGUACGGGCAGACGGGUACCGGUAAAACUUACACAAUGGAAGGUGGCAUGAGAAAUAAGGGUGGUGAUUUGCCUGCUGAGGCUGGUGUCAUCCCACGAGCAGUUCGUCAAAUAUUUGAUACACUUGAAGCACAAAGCGCUGACUACAGCAUGAAAGUGACAUUCUUGGAGCUUUAUAAUGAAGAAAUAACUGACUUACUGGCUCCUGAUGACAAUUCAAGAUCUGCAGCAGUAGAAGAUAGGCAAAAGAAACCUAUUUCACUAAUGGAAGAUGGAAAGGGUUGUGUGGUUGUAAGAGGCCUAGAAGAAGAAGCCGUGUAUAGUGUCAAUGAGAUUUAUACCCUAUUGGAACAAGGGGCCUCGAAGAGGCGUACGGCGGACACCUUGUUAAACAAGCGCAGCAGCCGCUCGCAUUCGGUUUUUUCCAUCACUGUGCACAUCAAAGAAGCGGCAGUUGGUGAUGAGGAGUUAAUCAAAUGUGGAAAACUUAAUCUUGUUGAUCUUGCAGGAUCAGAGAACAUAUCUCGCUCAGGUGCACGAGAGGGCCGUGCAAGAGAAGCAGGGGAGAUAAAUAAGAGCUUGCUCACCUUGGGUCGUGUCAUCAAUGCUCUAGUGGAACAUUCCAGUCACAUACCAUACAGGGACAGUAAGCUUACCAGGUUAUUAAGAGACUCUUUGGGAGGGAAAACAAAAACUUGCAUCAUUGCCACAAUUUCUCCAUCUGCUCACAGUUUGGAAGAAACUUUAAGCACACUCGACUAUGCCUAUCGUGCCAAAAAUAUCAAAAACAAACCUGAGGCAAACCAAAAAAUGUCCAAGGCUGUAUUGCUUAAGGAUUUGUAUUUAGAGCUUGAGAAAAUGAAAGAAGACAUUAGAGCAGCAAGGGAAAAGAAUGGUGUUUACAUUCCGCACGAAAGAUUUGCCCAGGAUGAAGCUGAAAAGAAGGCUAGGAAUGAGAAGAUAGAACAAUUGGAGAACGAUCUUAACCUUGCAGAGAAGCAAGUGGAUAGCUUCCGCGAGCUCUAUAUUUCCGAGCAAGAAGAGAAGCUUGAUCUACAAAAAGAGCUUAAUGAUUGCAAGAUAAGUCUGGAAAAUAGUAACAAGGCAUUGCUUGAGCUCCAAGAGAAUUAUAGAGUGGCAAUGUCAACUCUUAGAGAGAAGGAGUUAAUCAUCUCAAGCCUUCUAUCCUCAGAAAAUUCUUUAAUUGAGUGUGCAAAGGGGAUGCGUAAUGAUCUGCAGCAUGCGUCAGAAGAUAUAAGUUCAUUGUUUGCACAAUUAGAUCAGAAAGACAAGAUGGAAGCGGAAAAUCAAAACUUGCUUUUGACAUUUGGGUCUCAGCUUGAUCACAGUUUAAAAGACCUCCAUAAGACCAUCCUGGGGUCUGUUUUGCAACAAACACAACAAAUGAGAUCUAUGGAAGAACAUUUUCGCGCAAAUCUCGCCAGUAAAUGUGAUGUGACUCAAGCAUUGGAGUCACGGGUUAGUAAAAUGACAGAGACAUAUUGCUCAGGAGUAGCGAGCUUGAAGGAGCUUGCUAACAUGUUACAAAGAAAAGCAUCAUCUGACCUGGAGCAGAUAUAUGCUACAAUAUCAUCACAAGCGAUCUCUGUUGAGAAUUUUCUUGCCACAAUGGUUAUGGAUGCUGAGGAGGUAAUCUCUUACACACAAAGUUCUCUCAAUAAGCAGAAACAACUGUUGGAUUUCUCCACCAAACAGCAAGAGGAAGGACUAAAACGAAGUUUAAUUGCCGCGCAAAUGAUUUCAAGUGCAACUAUGAAGUUUUUUAAUGACCUCAAUGAUCGGGCUUCUCAAGUCAGUAGAAUUCUUGAAGAAAGUGAGAAUGAAAGAUCCAACCAAUUAGGAACUUUUGAAAAGAUGUUUAAGGAAGAGGCUGCAAGAGAGGAGAGAGCAGCUUUAGAGAACAUUGCAGCCAUAUUAGCAACUGUAACAUCAAAGAAAAUUGCCAUGGUAUCAGAGGCGUCAAGGAACAUCUUGGACACUAAUAAACAAGAGAAUAAGAGGUUGCUGCGGGAGAUGUCGAACAUGCAACAAGGUACUAUUGGCGCUACGACGGAGUUGAGCGAAUUCUUAGAAAAGGCAGAAAAUCAUUACAUGGAAGAUACAUUCUCAGUAGCUGAACAUAGGACCUUUAUGGAAAAUUGCCUACACCAGUGCUCAGAGAGGGUGGAUUAUUCUAGGCAACAGUGGAGAAAUGCUCAGUCGUCCAUCAAAAAUCUCAAUGAGAAGAGUGUUGCAGAGAUACAAUCCGCAGUGAAGGAAAAUAUCUCCACAAAUCAUGUUGCACACAAAGAAUUUGUUUCUGCGUCUCUGAAGGUGGACGACGACUUUAAUGCUAGCGCAAUUGACACUUUGACAGCCAUAAAUGAAAUGGCAGAUUCGCUACUUCAAGACCAGGAAAAUAAGAAGGAAUCAGACUCCAUGACUGCCCUGUGCUUAGAUGAGCUCAAGUCAAUACAAGAGAAGCAUGGAAAAAGCAUAUCAGAUAUCAGAACUCAAGCAGAGAAGUGUUUUAUAAAAGAUUACAUGGUUGAUCAGCAUAAUAGCACCACACCGAAGAAACGUAUUGUAAGCGUGCCGAGCUUGACAUCAAUCGAGGAGAUGAGAAGCCCCGCAUUUGAAAAUGUUGCGGAGAAGAAAUUAACAUGGAGCCACAAACAUACAGAAAGCAAGAUCCCUCAUCUGGCUUUUUCACCUCUUAGAACUCCUUUUACAGAUAUCAAUUAACUCCAGGAGAAAAAAGCGAAAGUGUCACACUUGCUGUGCGUUUUAAAAUUAAGCAUACUCAUCACCUGAUGAGUUACCAGUGGUAGUAAGUCGUAAUAUGCAGGGUUAGCACGCCGACAAUAAUCUGUAGUAUUCUAGAUUUUGUCUAGAUUUUUUGUUUGCUAUUAUUAUUAAUGAGAUCAUCUAUUUUUGGCCCAACUGCUUAGCUGC